UAAUAAUUAUUUUUAACAGCGCUAAUGUUCCACCCAACCAAAAUGUACCUUGAAUGUUAUGAGCCGACUCAGUUUGCUCAGCCAGAGUCUUCAAGAAAUAGCUUUGAAGUGAAUAAACCAUCUUUUACUGAUUAUUCUCAGCGAGAUUUUGGAAUGCCUUUACCAAUCUCAGAGAACUAUUACCCAAUAGUAGGAGAUAGCGAAGCUUACUUGACUCCUCCUCCAGUCAACUUGCUUUGCCAUCAAUUGUAUGUUGACAAUGAAAGUGACUUUGCUAAUCAACAUAUGAUGGUUCCACAACACCAAGCUCUUGUUUAUGAACUCCAGUGUCUUGAGAGUAAUUAUCAGAUGGACUUGAGUGGCUACUGCCUGUGUGAUUUAAACACUAAUCAGCCCAAACAACAAAUGCUCUGAUGUUCGUCUCAGAAUUCAACCUCUAAAGCCUCGUCUACAGCCAAGAAGCCUAGAUGAAUCCCUAAAAAUGAAAGUGAUAGUGUGACUCUGAAAGGAUACAGAUUCAAGUUCAAGUUUGAAAACACUUGCGGUAGAAAGAAGAAGAUCAUCCAGUGUCAAUACGAUGGCUGCUCAAAGGAGUUCACCAAGACCUGGAGCUUCCUAUAUCACGCUAGGAUGCAUGAGGGAGAGACUCCCUUUGAAUGAGACGUUUGUCACCGGAAAUUCAGCCAGAAGAGCAACCUCACUAAGCACAAGAAGCAUCACGUGCUGAAGACUAUAACCCAGAGGAAACAGUUCAAGUGAAGCCUGUGUCCUAAAGCAUACACUGAGAGAUAUAAUUUGAGAAAGCAUCUUAAAGCUGGCCACGGAAUCAAUGCAGACAGGAACCUUACCGUGUUCACCAGAGAAUAAGACAGAUCGGA